UGCACCACACACUCAUGGCACAUUUCCGGUGCUUAUAUAUAGCGGGAUGUGGCUGGCGGCCCCCAGACAGGACAACCCAGGUACAGCACAAACCUCAGCACCUCACUUACAGCCUGGGGAUGGAUCAUGUCCUUCAUCCCAACCAGCAUUUUAAAUAUCAGAAGCCAAGGGCUAUAAGUCCUAUCUGUCUGUACUGAUGCAGUGCCUUCGUUACCCAGUAGUGGUGACAGCAAAUCACCACACACAUCGAGGUGAAAAUGGCCCAAGGCCUCCUAUCCAUCUGACUCUCAGCGGGUCCCAUAUGCACAUCUUUCCCUAGACCGUGGCCAUGGCCGAACACUUUAAAGAAAGAAGUAGAUGUCUUGUGUGCCUGACCUACCUGGAGAGGCCCAUGUACCUGAAAUGUGGCUAUGUCUGCUGCCUGCGCUGCAUGGAUUCACUGCAGAAGGAGCCCAAUGGGCAUGGUUUACUGUGCCCCUCCUGCUCCGUGGUCUCUCAGAAGGAGGACAUGAGGCCCGGUACCCAUCUUGGGAGGCUGGUUUCAAAGAUCAAGGAGCUGGAGCCCCAGCUGAGAGCCACUCUACAGAUGAACCCAAAGAUGCGCAAGUUCCAAGUGGAGGUGACUCUGGAUGUGGACACCGCCAACCACCACCUUAUCAUUUCUGAGGACCUGAAGAGUGUCCGCUGUGGGUAUUCCAAACAGAACCGGAGGGUCCGGCCUGAGAGAUUUGACUAUGCCAUCUGUGUCCUGGGCUCCCCUGGCUUCCCCUCUGGCCGCCACUACUGGGAGGUGGACAUGGGGACGAGCAAGGAAUGGGAUGUGGGUGUUUGCAGAGACUCUGCUAAGCGACAAGGGCCAAUUCUACUGUCCUCAGAACUUGGCUUCUGGACAGUGGGCUUGAGGAAUGGUGAUCUCUUCCAAGCCAGCACCAUGCCUGUGACUGUUCUCUCAGUAAGCCCUCGCUUACACCGAUUAGGCAUCUUCCUGGACAUGAAUUUUGGCACUGUUUCCUUUUAUCACAUUAGUGAUGGAUCCCAUAUUUUCACCUUCACUGGCAUCCCUGCUGUGGAGCUGCUGCGCCCGUUUUUUGCUCCUGCGAAUCCGUUCACGGAUGGUCAAGGCUUCCUGAGAAUCUGUCCUGUAAUGAAUCCAGGCAUUGUUAGCUCUCCAGUGGAUUCUGAUACAGAACACUUCUAGAGAAUUCCCGUGUGCUCAGAGCCGGAGCUGGGACCUUUCUUGCUUGUUACAUGGACUGUACAAGGGGCAGCAGACAAACAUGGAACAGUCAGAGAAUCGUGAACACUAAUGAGAUAAAGGAGAAGUAGAUAUCAAACAUUAAGUAUCACCACAGUAAAUCUCCUUUGGGACUUCUCAUAUUUCUGUUCCAAUGAAUGGGCUCUGGAUUUUCAGAUCAAUCUCCAAAUGUUUUUACUUUCUGCAAUAUUAACUUAGUGUGUAAUGGAGGUUAUAAACUAAAAAAAUUGGGGAUCCCUGGGUGGCGCAGCGGUUUGGCACCUGCCUUUGGCCCAGGGCGCGAUCCUGGAGACCUGGGAUCGAAUCCCAUGUCAGGCUCCCGGUGCAUGGAG